CACGUCGAAGUUGCCUCUCACUAUUACUUUACUUGACUAUGGCAAAUGGUAAAGACAAGGCUGUAGGUGCUGCGGCAUUCUCUCUUGCUGUAACGGUUUUUGUCUAUUAUACCACUUGGGCGUUGAUCAUGCCUUUUGUUGACGAAGAUCACACACUGCACAACUACUUCCCACCUGACGAAUAUCGUAUCCGUAUUCCUCUUUUGAUCCUGGUGGUUGGAUUAACGGUCAUUUUCUCUUUCUUGGCACUUGUCAUGAUUAAAAGCAAGAGCAAAAAGACGAAAAAGGCAAACUAGGCAUAAUAUUCUUGGAGAAGAAGGGUUACUUUGAGAGAAAGGAUAAACGAGAGAAACUAUGUAGAGGAUAUCUGCAUUGGACACCUACAGACAGAUGUAGCACAUCUCUUUACAAAAAUAAAAAAGCAUCAAUACACUGUCAGCGUUCUGCAAAGAACAUAUGGAUCUACUGCUAAAAACAUGACCACUUUGUAAACGUCUU